AUGGUGCCGUCUCUUUUUCCCCGGGAGGACGAUGAUGACGGCGACGGCGAAUCUUCCGGCGCCAGCGAGUGGGACGACGCCCUGGACGACGACAUGGAAACCCUCAGAAGGGCAUGCGUGAUAGCUGGGAGGAGGCCCACCGACAUUGACCGCUAUUCCGGCGGGGAGGGGUCUGACAGUGAAGACGACCUAGAUCUCCUUCGGAGCAUCCAGGAAAGAUUCCCCUUGCCUUCAACGGCCGGAAGCCCGCCUAUCUUGAAGGCUCUGAACAGUAUUCCGUCGAUAGAAUCCGAUGAGGAGGACGACUUUGAGACGCUUCGAGCGAUCCAGAGGCGCUUCGUGCAGUAUGAAGACGGUAAGCCUCAUGGACGCGCGUCACCUCCUUCAUUGUCGGGAAUGUUGCCGUGACUUGCACUGUUAAGGGUUUUACGUACGCAUAUGGGAGAAGGAUAAAAGAUGGAACGGAUCGAAAUUUGGUUGGUUCAUGAUAAUUAUAUGAUAGAGGCUGAGAAAGCUGGUUUUGGUUUUGUUUUUUUUCCUUUAUUGUAUGAAUUUAGGGAGACCACAGUCUUCUGGGCUAGGCUGGUGCUAUUUGACUCGGCAUUUCAUUCUGCAUGCCUCUUUGGCUUGCCUUUUUACUUACGCUGUGCAGAAAAGAUUGGCUGGAUUCUUCUUUUCCUUGAGGCUUUGACUUCCAAACCUUCUUGUUCUCAUUUACGUCUAAAAAGCGUCAAUUUCAGAAGAAGCUAGCUUAUUAAUAUGUUUCUCAAUCAUAAUUACUUAUUUAUUCAUUAAUCCACUUUUUUCAUAUAAGAUUUCGUCCAACUUCUCCUCAUGAUAUUUCUGGGUCCAAUUCUUUAUUAAAACAAGCAUCAGAAAAUGCAGAAAACUUCACAAAUGAACCGAUAUGGCCUUCUGGCAGGCCUUCUGCAGGGGAGGGCCUGACAUGUUUUUCGAGCUUGGAUUACCUGGAUACCACCUUUGCUGUUAACAAGGUUUUUUUGUGUUCAGUUAAUGUGCCUUUUUUUUCCUUUUUGGUGGGAGAUGCCGCCUAUAAUGGUGCAUAUUAUUUUCUUUCCUACGAAUAUGGCGGCAUAACGACCCUGGGAGACCCUCCCUUUAUUUACUCUUAAACCUUCAUAUGCUUAUCUUCUUUCAUGCUCCUGUCAAUGGCGAAAAUGGGGAGGUUUUGGUCGCAUUUGUGGUGCUCUGUUCUUUUCUGAACUUGUCCCAAGUUGGGUCAUUGCCAACAUUUAAUGUGGUAGUUCACGUUUUGAAGGAUGAAGGUUGGUGUCUAUAUGUUGUAUUUAAGAGAUUGCAUGGCAGUGAUUAAAAUCACGUAGUCUAUAUUUACUUGGAGUUACGUGAACGUGAUAAUUGUGUUCUGCUAUUAUUCGUUACCGUUGGAUCUGGGGUGCAUCUUGUGAGUCGGAUAUUAUUCUGUCUCGUGGUUUACAAACUUCAGAACUGAGUCGGCUUGGAAGUUUCUGGUGACCUCAGAUUGAUGAUUGGAUUACUAGUAUAGUCCACAUGCGUGUCCUUCUAUUUUCAGUUGUCUACAUUUUCCAUUUCUCCCUUAAAAUUAAAGGCAUUUUCACAGAGAAACAUAGGUAAACAUUUUCCUUCAAUUUUCAUGCAGAUUCCAGGAAAGAGAGAAAUGUCAAGAAUUCUUUUCAAGCUCUACAAGGUGUACCAAGUGCUAUAGCCGAAAGGGAAUUUUCUAAUCAUGUGUUAGAAAGUAGAAAUGGCGAGUCCUUGUCCCAAGAAAAUGGUGAUUCUGUGGUGCCUAAGCCUUGUGAGCCAACUAGUCUUCAGCAGUCCGAGGAUCGAUCAGGUCACUUGUCCAGCAGGAUAUCUAUGUAUUCUCGAUUUCCAGUUUGUGCGCAAACAUUUGUGGAUGCUCUUAAACGUAACAGGUCAUGUCAGAGACUGAUUAGGGCUAAGCUGAUUGACAUUGAAGCAAAGAUUGAACGGAACAAAGAAUUAAAGAGGCGGGCCAAAUGCCUCAUGGAUUUUCAAGUCGUUUCUGGUAAAAGGAUGAAUCAAGUUUUUUGCCAGAAGAGGGAUCCUCGUGUUAGGUUAAUUUCCCUGCCUAAGCAAAGGCUUUCAUUUUCAUCAAAGGUAUUCACCAUCCUUGUAAUGAUCGGUUUGAUGAAAUCUUUGAUUGUAGUUCAUCUUGUAGAAUUAUUUCUUACUCUUUAGUAAAUUCCUUGAAUGACCAUGCCUUCUUCCCAUCAGAUACAUGAGACUAACCGUUUGCCAAAUUUCUAUUGUGGAUUAUUCAGUCUGUGUCACUUUCGGAUUUAUGGUUUGUCGGCAAAGCUCUUGAGGUUACUUGAUUGAGCAUCAUACAGAAUUCUGUCUUAUGCAUACCUGGAUUUUUUUGUAGUUUUACCUAUUUGAUGAAAUCAUUGCUUGAUCACCAAAGUCAACUACCUGUCAGUAAUUGCUGCUUUCGUGUAUUUUAAACUUAUGCUAUCAAUUUUCUCUGGUAGCAUAUUUGCCUUCUAAUGAAUUUUGCAUGGAUAUAUGAAGGAUAAGAUCUUGUCAUUUUAUCUUUUUUGAUCCGGAGACUACUGCAUUUUGUAGUGUCCUCAUUUUCAUCUUAUUCAAAAUCUGCCCCCUCUAAAAUCAGAUCCUUAUUUUAGAUCUUUUUAAUUUUUUUUAACUUUUUUCUGUUUUUUUCCUGGGGGAGAAAUGGUGGUGCAACCUAUCUGCCAUGAGGUGAAUGAGAAAUUUAUUUAUAGACCACUAGAGUUGUCGCUUCAUCAUUUUCAUCUUAUUCAAAAUCUGUUGCCUCAAAUGUCGUCAUCCUCCCCAUUCCAAAAUUUCAGUGACCGCUCCUUACGAAUCAUUCACAACAAUCUCGUUAUUUCAGCUCACAUCCCAUAUCCCAGGAGGUGAAUCACUGAACCCGAUUUUUAUGUGGGUAGGUGGGUGGGUUAUGGGGGAAGACGAAUGAAAAAUUUCAUGGUCACAGUAAAUCUUAUGCGAUACAAUUUGGACCUGUUGUGCUAACUGUAUUUCCAAUCGCUGUCCUACAUCAGUCUGUUUCUGAAGCUGGCAUAUUUUUGGCUUUUUCGUAUGAAUCCGCUCUGUCCUGUUAACGCUGUCUUAAACCCAGUCUACAAUGUAUCCUCUUGCUACUUAAUGCAUACAUUGUGCCGCCAAUUCGUUCGAACAGAUUUUUUCAGGAAACCAACAUUUGAUUUGGAGGUUUGAAGGCAGUCACCCACUGUGUUUGCUCUGAAAUUCUCUGAUACUAUGGUCACACGCUUGCCCAUUUCAAUCCAAUCUCCAAAAUGCCUUAUCGCAACAGUCUUUCUCUAGGAUAGGGAGACCAUCUGGUCCAGAAACAGCUGCUACUGACAGUUAUUGCUACCAUCGCCAAUAGUAAUAUGUUGAAAUAUGCGUGACAGAGCAGAUAGUAAAAGAAUCAACUGUGCAGAAGCAGAAGUAGAUAUAACAGUCAUUUUCGCUGUCCUCAUUUUGACCCCACAUCUGUCCUGUUUCCUUAGUGAAAACUAAAGAUAUAAGACAUUGGGUUGGGGAGACAUCACGGUUUUGGGAAAAUGCUGUCUUUGAAACUUUGAAGCUAUCUUUUAGUCGUACUGUCCAUUUUAAAAUACAGUACACUUUUAUAUAAAAACAAAAUUCCUUUUAUCAUUUUGGUUCCACUCCUGGUUAAAUUGUUGGGGAACUGCCAUACUCGAGCACAAAUGUUGAGCUCAGUGUAUGGUAUUCUCUGAGAGAAUGAGCUCAGAGAAUGAGCCCGGAGAAUGAGCCUUAGGAUAUACUUGUAGGACGGACUUGAAGGAUCGUUGUCUUUUGAAUCGCGUGUUUUCUAGGAGGGUAUUCCACUCCUAACAACUAGGGAGCCAAGUAAAUUCUAGAUUAUAAAAAGUUCUUUCAUGUAUCCAGAAAAUAUUUACUGAAAAAACUUUUGAUGUGAAAUAUAAUAAUAUUGCGAGCACAAUAGAGUCAAUGGGACGGGUGAAAGAAGAACCACAUAUUAUUUUUGGGAUUUGAAGUAUUUUGUGUUAUAAAUGGUUGUGUUCAUAAAUCUUUCUGUAAAACUACUCUUUAAAAACUUCUCUCAGUGCUCGUUUGUAAUGAAUCUUUUGUUCACCCAGGAGAGUGCAAGGAAGACUCUUCCCCUCCGUUAUGGACCACGUGAGAACCCUCAUGUUUCCGCAUAUAGGAUGGUUUUGUCAAAUUUUCCUUUUUCGUCGCACAAGCAACGAUGGUUGAAUACCGAAAAGGAAAAUCUUGCGAAGGGCAUAAAACAACAAUAUCAAGAGAGAGUGCUUUUGACUACAAUGGAACUCUCUAGGUAGAUAGCGAACUUUGUUCUUACAGUUGGAUUAUUGAUUAUUAUGAAGCAAUGAUGUCUUCCUUUUUCUUGUUGCAGUGAUCUAGCAGGAAGCCUUGAGGAUUCUGCUGCUAUAGUAAGGAAAAAUUUUGAAUUUUCACCCGAGAAUAUUAGAUCUUUUCUACCAAUGAUCAAUUGGGAACGGCUUGCUUCGAUGUAUCUUCCUGGCCGUUCUGGUGCAGAGUGUGAAGCACGGUAUAAAUUUUGAAGCUUCUUCUGAGACAAUUACUUUUGAUCAGUCCAUGUCAUAUGCAUCUGAGAUUCUGCAACGCACAGCCCAACAAUCCGUCCUUUAUUAUCUUCUAGGAUAUAGUGCAUUAACUAACAUUGUUUGGUUCGGAAUUUCGUCGAAAUUCUUUAUUUUAUCCCAUGCUAGUAGCUUUGGAAGUACCGUUUUAGAUAGGUAUCAGAUAAUGCAGAGUGAUGACAUUGUAGCCUUGAUUGCAAGAUUGUAUUUGUCUGAAAUAUGCCAUUUCUUAUAGGCUGCUUUACAUAGUGGAUGCUGAGUUUAAAUUGAAUUUAUCUCUGGGAUAUAUUUACUAGCACUCUCACAGUUUGAACUCGUGUCAAUUUAAUGAUGGACAAAACAUUUGAUUUUUAUGGUUUGCACAAAUACCGGUUUUAGUUCGGUUCUUCAGGACUUGUGACAGAUUAUUUGGUCAAUAAUCUGGUUAAUUUUCUGAAUAGAAUGAUGAACAUUUGUGUCAGUGGCCAAGCAGGUUCUUAGUGGUUUUGUUAUUUGUUGGAAACUUGGUAUUUCUUAUUGGUAUCCUUAUUACUUUCUCCUUAUGAUUCACAUUCUUUGGCAAGGAUGAAUGAGAAAUGCAUUAACAUGUAGGUUGCUUUUUACUAGAUGCUUCACAAGUUGCUGUUCUCGUUUCAUAAGUCUUGUUUUUCUCAAUUAUUUUAGGUUGACGUUUAGAGAAAUGCCUGCUGCACCUGUACUUGAUGUCACAUUACUGCCAGUUUUCAAUAUAGGUGAAGCAUAUUUGUUUUUUUCCGUUCCCUAGGCACAAGGAUUGAUAAAGUUCCAAAAUCAUUUCACACUGUGUUGAUAUAUAAUCUCUAAUAUUCUGUACAAAGUACACAUUUCAUCAAUUUGGAAAACUAAAUAGAAUCGAGGGAAUAACUGAAUAAAACCGUGAUAAUGCAGUAAGUAAAAACUGAGAGAUCCUUUUUCCGCGCUGCUAUGAUUACCAAGAUGGUCAUUGCUUCAGUCGGUUCUUAUUCCCUUGGCGCUGUUUCUUUUCCCAGCAGCUGUUAGACUAAGCAUAUGGUUCUGAUUAUUUUAAUUUUGGUCCGAUUAUGUCGGUUAAAUUGUAUUCUUUAUUUUUUUUAUUUCAUUUCCACUCAAUUUAGAGUCUAACAUUGUUAUGAUUGUUUUCAACGUUGACUGCCAGACGUAGCAUGAUUCCAUCAAACAUAAUUCACUUUUGUAUGAUAUGCAUAUUUGAAUUGCUGUCCGUAAAGCCCCAACCCUUUCUUCGAAUUUAUUGAUAUGCACAGCCAUAUGAUAAGUAUGCUGAAUUCUUUAUUUUUUUUACGAUGAUAUCUGUUCCCUGUGGGACCAGAACAUAAAUGGGAAUUCCUCCUUUUUAUUUGAUUAUAAAAUUAGCUUAUCGGGAUGGUUUUUUUUUUAAGGUCCUUGGAUGACAACGGUGAAAGUACCGUUGUAAUUCACAUACAUUUUGGUUCUGUUCACUAGAACUACCAUGCUAAUUUGCUGUUUUCUCAUUUGCUCAUCCUGUAGUCUUUUUGUUAGAAGAUUUUAGGCUGUUCAGCUUUAUCUGUUCUUUGGGUAAUAAAACGGAAUGGUUAUAAUUGGUUGAAUGAAAUAUUCACUCAGUUUCUUCUUCAGGUGGUUGAACUGUGAGGAUCCUUUAAUCAAUCACAACCCAUGGACGACACAUGAGGAAAAGAAACUUUUGCAUAUUGUUCAAACCAAAGGAAUCUACAAUUGGAUUGACAUUGCAAUUUCUUUGGCAACACAUAGAACUCCUUUUCAGUGUUUGGUACGUUAUCAACGAAGCCUCAAUCCGUGUAUUUUGAAGAAGGAUUGGACAGAAGGUGAAGAUUCUCAACUUCGUGCAGCUGUAGAAACUUUUGGGGAGGAUAACUGGCAGCUAGUAGCUUCCUAUAUGGAAGGAAGGACAGGUCCACAGUGUUCAAAUAGGUAAUUGAUUUUGUUCUUUAAAGAGAAACCGCGAGUCCUACGUCACCUGUACUUGAACGCAUAUUAUUACUCGGUUAGGUUGUGACAAAGAAUCAAAAUUUUAGCCCAUCAAACCCUCAAGUUAUUGAUUUACUUUUGAACUCUGAUGCCCCUCUAUUGUAUAGCUUUAGACAUGUCAAUCAUACAAUAUUUUUCAAUGAAGGUGGAGAAAAUCUCUUCAUCCUAGUAGGCGAAAGGUAGGGAGAUGGUCUGUUGAUGAAGACAAGCGUCUGAAAGUAGCGGUCAUACUUUUUGGUGCAAAAAAUUGGAAUAAAAUCGCUCAGUUUACUCCAGGCCGCACUCAAGUUCAAUGCAGAGAAAGGUAAUAGGGUCAAAAAUUACACCUAAAAUUGACAAAAUAUGGCAGUAAAUUUGACAAAGUUUCGUUCAUCUUCAAACUCAACAGGUGGGUAAAUUGCUUGGAUCCAUCGUUAAAUCUUGAAGAGUGGACUGAAGAAGAGGAUACCAAGUUGAAAGAAGCAAUUGCCACAUAUGGUUAUUGCUGGUCCAAGGUUGCAUCAUCUGUGCCUCCGCGUACUGAUAGUCAGUGCAGGAGGUAGACAUGUUUUUCCAUGUCUAUAACGUCUUGUCUUAACUUACAUUUUUAUUAUUCUUAGAACACCCUGGAUCAUGAUUUAUUAUUGUUUUCGAGUGUACAGAAGAUGGAAGGUUUUGUUUCCAGAUGAAGUGCCUCUGCGCAAGGCUGCUUGGAAGGUGCAGAAAGCUGUUCUUGUAUCAAACUUUGUGGAUCGAGAGUCAGAGAGACCUUUGAUCAGUCCCAGCGAUUUCUGUAUUGCUUCAAGUGCUGAUGUAAAUCUUAACAGCGAUGGCACGAGGAGAAGAAGGUACUUAAAAACUAUUAUUAUCAUUUUUAAUAACGUUUGCCUUGCUAUAUUAAAUGCGCACCUUAUGCCGACUUCUUCAUCUAUGCUGGAAACAAUUUGCUUUGGAAUAUGUUCAGAAGGCGGUCAAAAACAGAAAAUCUAAUCGGUUCAUCCCUUAGGUAAAGAUAAGCUUUACCUUAUCUGUUUGGGAAUUUGUUUUCUUUCUGUUUGGGAGUGGAUUCUGGUUUUCAUUUCUACUUUGUGGUUCAGCAAUGCUCCUAAACGAGUUAGCUCUCAAAGACACAAAGCUAAAGAUGGAAUCUCCAAGGAAACCAUCAGUGGAGGCAAUCAAGCUGGGCAUCGUGGGCCAAGAACUGUCUCGAAGAAGAGUAAGAAAGCGUUAGGUCAACAGAAUGAAAAGUCGGACAAAGUUACUGAGCCGGAAGGUAUCAAUGACAAGGAUAUGCUGAGUUCAUGCGAUGCCGGCCACUUGGGUGCUGCUGCUGCUGGAACAAGCUUGGAAGUGGCCUCUGCAUCAUUGUACUUAAAUCUCACCCGUCCAUUUGAGAUUCCUGUACAGCUUUGACUUACGCCUGAUGUAUCACCUUAUAAAUUCUUGUAUUUUAUGAUGCAGUGAUGCUCCUCAAAUAUCUUCCUCCAGGGGGCAGAACGAUGAUGGCCUGUCUCUUCCUCCUAGGUAUAGAUUUAAGCUUUACCAGCCAUAUUGCUUUCUCUCCGUUGGGUGUGGCUUCUGUUUUUCAUUUGUACUCUGUGGUACAGCAAUGCUCCGAAGCGACUUAGAUCUCAAAGAUGCAAAGCUAAAGAUGGAAUCUCCAAGAAAAUUGCUAAUGGAGGCAAUCCAGCUGGACAUGUUGGGCCAAAAACUGUUCCAAAGAACAGAAGGAAAGGGUUAGGUAAACGGAAUGCAAAGUCUGACAAAGUUACUGAGCCGGAAGGUAACAAGGGCAACCGUAUACUGAGUUCAGGCGAUGCCGGCCACUUGGGUGCUGCUGCUGGAACAAGUUUGGAAGUGGAUGAGUCUACCAGAAGUAUUUUGGAGGGACAAAAUUGUGAAAAUAGCAGCACUGCGAAGAAGAGGAAGAGAAAAGCUGUGGCAACACGACUUAAGGUGAUGACUGUUCGCAGUAGAGAGUAGAUUGUGUUCCCAAACCAGGUGCAGCAGAUGCGAAUGACCUGGGGGCACAACCUCCAGGUAGGUGGCAACUUCAGCCCAUUGCUUCAUUUUCUUCCCAAAAGCCUCUUUCUUUUUUUUAAUGAUGCAUUCAUUAUAAACGUCGCACAGUGUUGCCCUCCUGAAGGAUACCUCUGAGAAGAACACAGUUGUCCUUUUCUCCUGAGGAGAAUCCAAUUCAGGGCGAUCUGACAAAGCUACCCAUAGGAGUAAGCUUAUCUAAGCUGCUUCCAGAGAGUUACAGAUCAAUCACCCAUGGUGUCUAACGCCCAGGACCGCCAGUGAAAACAUGAAGCUGGUGACCCACAUUGUUUGACUUCGCUUCGUGAAAGAAGAAAUGAAUCGAGUUUUCCCAAGUCUUCAAGGUCAACUGAGAAAUGACAAUUCUGGUGGCAGUGAUGUCCUGAGCAAAAACGGAGGAGAGAUAGGAAUGGGCUCUCUUUUGUCUGAUAUUUGAUCCCUUGGAACAUCUGUGUGCCACCUUAAAUUUUGAUACGACAAUGCGGUACUUUGUAAAUCAUGCGACAACAUUUGAUUGGUAUAUACACAACAGACGAUCAUCAUCUGGUUGCGGAUGAUGAUAGAGGUGAAGAAAAUAAUAGUUCUUUGUACAUUUAGAGAUCAGAGAUCGCUCAGCUAAAGCAGUGACAGUGUACGAUCUUAAACAUGCUACCCUGCUGUAUUAUUUAAUUCGUUAUAAAUGUGAUAGAAAAUCAUGUUGUCUUUGCCUUUUAUGAUUUAGGUUUUUUAUUCCCCUUGUUUUCCCCCUGGAUAUGUUUGUCUGGUUAUUGAGUUCUUCAUCAGAUAAGAAUAGAAUCUGA